AUGAGUUACUCCUUCAAGAACGAGCCAUGCGAUCCGUUCUUCAUAUUAAGGUUUUGGAGAAUUUAAAUACACGCUGUGCACAAAUAGAAUGCUGUUCAUAGAAUAUGUGAUGUCCUUCUCCUAGGAAAUGAAAACUCUAUGGUUAAUCAUUUAAUAUAGUCUGCUAAAGAUGACGCGCAGAAUGCUUCUGUCAUUCAUCACUCAGUCCAAGUAUUUAAUAUAACCAUCUUACACAUUUCCAGAUUCUGUUCGUAGCUACUGUUCAGCAUUUUUUAAGAUUAAAUCCUAUUAGUAAACUCAUUCAUUUAUUCCAUUGUUUAAAAUAAUUGA